AUGAUUUCGACGCUUUCUCAGCACGGUGGAUUCAGCGGAGUUCGUUAUGCUUCUGUAUUCACGAACUUCAUGGAUAACAUCGGACGCAAUCUCUCUGAAAAUCAAGAAGUUACGACAUGGAUGAACGGAUUAAAGAACGAUCCACUUGUCAAACUUACAGCCGGUGUAGUAGAAGAAGCUGCAUUUUAUGGCAAAACAGCUCUUAAUGCAGGUACUGCUAUUACUAAAGUUGCUGUAUGGCCAAUUACAUACCCAUUAUCAUUUAUCAUCAAAAAAAAUCCAUACACUUUGGUUCCUUGCCCAUUCCCAGCUGCUCAAGUCUCCUUCGAGGUUGAGUCUAAGGGUGAUUUGGUUCUUAGAAAGCAAAACUUAAUCGAAAAAUUCAUUUACAAACUCAAAAACGUUAAAAAUGCCGCAUCUGUUUCUAAAAAUGCAUUCAUUAGAGUUCCAUUCCAAGCAUUAGCUAACGCAAGCUCAGUUGUUGUAAGCAAAUUAACUCAACCAAGUAAAGAACAGUUAGUACAGAUGUCAAUUCAAAUGUACUACCCAACAUUCACAAUUUCAGAGUUCAAGCAGUGGAUAGAGAAGUCAUUCCUCCCUGUUCUCCUUGAAAGAUACCUUCGUGGCAACAUUAAACAGCUCGAAGAGCUUACAUCACAGCAAGUUGCCAAGGAAAGACAAUUAGCUGUCGUCCAAUUCCUCUCAAACCGUCUCAUCAUCCGUACAAAACUCCUUUCUAUUACAGAUGUCGAUAUUAUGGGAUUCGACUUUACAAACAGAAUGCCAUCUAUCCUUGUCAGGUGCUCGGCCGAUCAUACAAACGAAGUCAUCACAAUGAACUCCGGAACAAUCGUUGAAGGCGGUCCACAAGACAUUUGCCACACAGACUUCCUUGUUGUCCUUACAAUUGAUGCAUCUAAGGAUACACCUCGCUGGAUAGCUUCUGAGCUUCGUCCUGAUAGCACAAGUAACAGAAUUUAA